CCCGUUGAAGCGGGCGAACCAAAGGGGCGCGGUGAAAUGUCGUAGUAAUCGGUAUUGCGGGUUUGCUGAUUGGAAAAAUAAUAGAAAUUAUUUGAUACGCAGAAAGAAAGUGCUUACUUGUUGGAUCGCUGAUGUCGGACCACUAUAGCAUACAGUGGCGUAGUUACAACUUCGGGCGCCCGAGGCCAAGGAUGUUCUGUUCUCUAUAUGCAGCAAAGUCUUUUCUAAUUACGAGACCACCACUUUUUAUACAUAGUAUAUGUGGCAACACCAUGAUCUACUACUUUUAAAAUGCAACCGUAUGCUAUCCUGAUGUUGCUUUUAAUCGUAUCGUCGCUUUGCACUUACAUUCGUUUUUGAAAAGACAAGGCAUCAAACACUGCAGCUUUGAGUUUAUGCUUUCUUCUGUAAAAACCCGUCAACGAGUAAGGAUCACUACAUUGUAAAAGCCUUUAAUUGGUGACCCGGACGUGAUCUAGCACCAGAGGUAAUUCAGCGCCCAGAUUAAUCCGGUGUUCAACGUAAUCCAUCACCUGAAGGAGUCAACGCCUUAGUUCAUCCAGUACUCCAGUGCUCAACGCGAUCGCGAUCCUGUGCCAUCUUCCUUUUUCAUCACGUUCACGUGCAAAGGCGUGAACAGUGCAGCUUAGAUCAUCGAUUUCCCGGAUUCCAGUGACAUGAUGAAUGAUAGCAUGGCCGUUUCAGGUGGAAGCAGCGGUGUCGAGCAUAUUUCAACCCAAAACGUUUCGCCCAGACUUCCGCUGCCCUCGAUGUCAGAGGAUAACAUCGAGGCAUAUUUUUAUUCGCUAGGUUUCUGGUUUGAAGCCUCGCGAGUUUUUGACGAUUCAGUGAAAUUUAACAUUGUGUUAGCAAGUGUGCCUCCGGCAAAACUAAUUGAAAUGCGCACUAUUAUCGACGACACGCCUCUUACGGAUAAAUACGGGUAUAUUCGGCGGAAAAUUAUUGAUAUUUUCACCGAAAGCCAGCAGCGCCGCCUCCAACGGGUCUUAAAGGAGCUACCGCUGGGCGAUCGUAGACCCAGCGAGUUGUACCACGAGAUGCGACGUACUGCUGGACCCGCACUCAGCGAGAGCAUUCUGCACGAUCUGUGGGUUAGUCGUUUACCGCCGUACGCUCAGGCGGCCAUUAUCGCGACAAACGCUCCCAUCGGUGAGAAGAUAAAAAUCGCGGAUUCCAUCUCAGAGUGCUUAGAGAUGAAAGUUGGUAACCAGAUUUGCGAGGUUAGCACCGAACCGUCGUUUCCAGAUGAGUGGUCGAAUCUUCGAGCUGAAGUCGCCGCUUUAACAAAGCAAGUCAAUCAAUUCAUGCGCAAUAGCCGCACACAACAGCGCUCUAGAUCUUCAAGUGCCUCACGCAGCAGAAGAGGCACGCUCAGUGUACCGUGCUUGUGCUGGUACCAUACGAAAUUCGGGGCAAAUGCCACAAAGUGUCGACAGCCGUGUACAUUCACACAGUCGCCGCCUCAAAACGUCGAGUAGGUGGGCGGAGCUAAUCCAAUAUCAGGGCUCGGCAAAUACCCUGAUAUACAAAGGAGCUAUCGACUCUGCAUCUACGAUACAUCAGCAAAAAUGAAAUUUCUCAUAGACUCAGGUGCAGAUGUCUCUGUCAUACCCAAGUCAACCAAAUUAGCUCAUGCUCACCCAUCAUCAACACUCCUGUUUGCCGCGAAUGGCUCCACCGUAUCUAGUUACGGUGAAGUCAUGCUUAAACUUAAUCUUAACCUGCGGAGGGAAUUCCUCUGGAAUUUUAUUGUCGCAGACGUAUCGCAAGCCAUUCUUGGU